GGGUAGGCAUGAAAAUAGUCCUUCUUGGUAAUCGUGUCAGAACUCAAGAUUUACAUUGCCUCCGGUCGUAUUUCUUGAGUAUAAUAUUAUUUCUCCCAUCCCAACACUAUCAUAAGAAAUCUCAGAAUUGAGGAGAAAGAUGGCAUGCAUGAAUAAAGGAUGGGAGAUUCUAAUUGGAAAAAUCAAGAGCUUCCUCAAAAGGAAAAAAGGAAUCGAAAACAGAGACAACAGCAUAGCAGAAAGAUGGGAGAUUUUGAGUGGUAAGACUAACUGGGAAGACUUACUUGACCCUUUGGAUUACGAUCUUCGACUAUACCUCAUUCACUAUGGCCAAAUGUGUCAAGCCAUCUACGACUCAUUCAACAAUGAGGAAGCUUCUAAAUACAGAGGAACAAGUCGAUACUCCAAAAAGAACCUCUUCACAAGAGUGGGGCUCGACAAACACAACCCCUACAAAUAUGAAAUCACUAAAUAUGUAUAUGCAGCUUCACAUGUACCAAGUGAAACUGAGAAGGUGAAACAAUCAAACUGGAUUGGAUAUGUUGCUGUUGCCGCUGAUGAGGGUAAAAUUGCAUUAGGCAGGAGAGAUAUUUUAAUUGCUUGGAGAGGGACCGUGAUGGUCUCAGAAUGGAAUGAUGAUUUUGAAAAUUCAUUGGUCCAACCAACAGAAAUCUUUGGAGAAAAUACGAAUAACAUUCUAGUACACAAAGGUUUUUAUUCAAUUUAUACUUCUCUUAACGAGGCUUCGGAUUUCAAUCGAACAACCAGUGCUAGAGAUCAGGUCCUUGAAGAAGUUAAAAGGUUGUUGGAUCAAUACAAGGAGGAGGAAGUGAGCAUCACUGUUACGGGCCAUAGUUUGGGUUCAUCAUUAUCCACACUAUGCGCGAUUGACAUAGUUGUGAACCAGAUCAAUAAGGAGUUUCCAGUGACUGCAUUUGUGUUUGCUUGCCCACGAGUCGGAGAAAAGAAUUUCAAGAAAGCUUAUGGCAAACUGAAAACCCUUCAAAUCUUACGCAUUAGCAAUGCGUCUGAUCCUGUUCCGAAAUUACCAGAGCGUGGAGUCGUAGACGGUUCUGAAAAUGACUGGAGAGUGUAUGAAGAUGUUGGAUUUGAACUGUUAAUGGAGACAACAAAGUCAAAGUACUUGAAGAAAUGCAUAAAUAGUCAUAUUCUGGAGGUUUAUUUGCACGGAAUUGCUGGAACACAUGGACCAGAAGGAGAGUUCAAGUUGGCAAUAGUUCGGGAUAUUGCUCUUAUGAAUAAGGCAGCCGAUGUGUUGAAGGAUGAAUAUGGUGUGCCGGUGUCAUGGUGGAUCGAGAAGAAUAAAGGAAUGGUUCAACAAGAAGACGGGUCUUGGAUUCUCAUGGAUCAUGAGGAUGCGACACUUAUUUCUUACCAUAGAUUGUGAUUUGUUAUCUAAUCUCUGGGUUUUAUUGUAAAACUUCAUGUAUUCAUCAAGUGCCAGUAAUAAGCGAGUACGAUAGUCUUUUACUACACGGGUUUUAUCAUAUUUGUU